UCAGCAUUUUCAGCGUCUUCCGCCAUCCGGCUCGUGGCCGCCAUGAUCGUCUUCAACUUUGUCGUCCUCCACAUUCCCGUGUCGAUCCUAUUCCUCGCCAGUAACAGCGGCAAUCCCGACCCCUUCUUUCACACCUUUGAUGUGUAUGAAAAGAUACAACUCGCCGGCUUCUUCCUCCAGGAGAGCGUCAUGUCCGGGCUGUACGUAUGGGAGGCCGCCAAGGGCUUCAAGCCUAUCCUGGCGGUCAAGGCCACCACGGGACGGCGCAUGCCCCGCCAUCUCGUCAUCCUCUUCGUCCUCACCGUCCUGCUCGACGACAGUCUCCUCGCCACCCAAUACAGCGGAAAUUUUCCAGAUCCAGACGACGUACAAGCCCGUCGUGUACAGCAUCAAGCUCAAGAUCGAGUUCGUCAUCCUCAACGAGCUGAUAGCCUUCACCCAGACGGGGAGGCGUCACGACCAAUUCUUCCACACCGAAACGGACGAGGCGCCAAGGUCAUCGUUGUUGGCCGGUGCCGUUGCAAUGGACGGCGAGUGUGCUUUUGAAACAGCGUCUCUGACUCGAGCACCGAAUCCUGACAGGGAUUGCACAGCUCACUCAGGUCAGCGGCGCAAAGUCUGGUGGCGUCGAUCUCAUCACCACCAAGGCAGCGCAGCGAGCCAAUCUCCUCUCAGCCAAGGAAAUCAAAAUCACCGGGUCGUUUACCGCAACGGAGUUGCUUUCCCGGCUAGCUGAUAGCCGGCUCAGCUCAGUCGACGUGACGACUGCAUUUUGCAAAAGGGCUGCCACCCCAAGAGAAUAACGACAUUCGACAAGAGUACUCCGUAGUAUUGUUCCAGCUUUACUUAUUUACCAGGACAGAAACCCCGAAGCCCGACAUACAGUUGACCCCGGAGUUCGGAUCGUGGCAGUACCGUCGCUAUCAUCCCAGUCCUUUACA